GGACAGGAAGAGGGGGAGUCAGCUCUAAGAGGAGGGGGGAGGAGGUUGGCGGCUGGCGUCCGCCCUCACUGCAGGCGUCCUCGAUCUGGGCACCAUGUUCCUUGCAGGGUCCCCCAGCCACACCCUCCGCCGGCUCCCCUUGCUGCCCUUGCUGCUGCUGCUUCUACAGACUUUGGCCAGGGGGCUGGGUCGUGCCAGCCCAGCUGGAGCCCCCUUGGAAGAUGUGGUCAUCGAGAGAUACCACAUCCCGAAGGCCUGCCCCCGAGAAGUGCAGAUGGGGGAUUUUGUGCGUUACCAUUACAAUGGCACUUUCGAAGACGGGAAGAAGUUUGACUCCAGCCAUAACCGGAGCUCCCUGGUGGCCAUCAUUGUGGGCGUGGGCCGCCUCAUCACUGGCAUGGACCGAGGUCUCAUGGGCAUGUGUGUCAACGAACGUCGCCGCCUCAUUGUGCCUCCCCACCUGGGCUACGGCAGCAUUGGUGUGGCGGGCCUUAUCCCCCCUGAUGCCACCCUCUAUUUUGACUUGGUCCUGUUGGACGUGUGGAACAAGGCGGACACGGUGCAAAUGACCAUCCUCCUGCGCCCUCCUCACUGCCCCCGCAUGGUGCAGAACGGCGACUUUGUGCGCUAUCACUACAAUGGCACACUGCUGGAUGGCACUGCCUUUGAUAACAGCUACAAUAGAGGCGGCACUUACGACACCUACAUUGGCUCUGGUUGGCUGAUCAAAGGCAUGGACCAGGGGUUGCUGGGCAUGUGUCCUGGAGAGAAAAGAAAGAUCACCAUCCCUCCCUUCCUGGCUUAUGGGGAGAAAGGCUAUGGGACUGUGAUACCCCCGCAUGCCUCCCUGGUCUUCCAUGUCUUGCUGAUUGACGUCCACAACCCGAACGACACGGUCCAGCUGGAAACGCUGGAGCUGCCCCAGGGCUGUGCCCGGCGAGCCGUUGCAGGGGAUUUCAUGCGGUACCACUACAAUGGCUCCUUGAUGGAUGGUACCCUCUUUGAUUCCAGUUACUCCCGAAACCACACCUACAAUACCUAUAUCGGGCAGGGUUACAUCAUCCCAGGAAUGGACCAGGGGCUGCAAGGCGCAUGCAUAGGGGAGUGGAGGAGGAUCACUGUGCCCCCUCACCUUGCCUACGGGGAGAAUGGGACAGGAGACAAGAUCCCUGGCUCAGCGGUGCUCAUCUUUAACGUGCACGUCAUUGACUUCCACAACCCUGCGGACCCUGUGGAAAUCAAGACACUGUUCCGGCCACCUGAGACCUGCAACGCGACAGCCAAGAUCGGAGACUUCAUUCGCUACCACUACAACUGUUCUCUGCUGGACGGCACCAGGCUCUUCUCUUCCCACGACUAUGAGGCCCCUCAGGCGGUCACCUUGGGAGCUAACAAAGUGAUCGACGGUCUGGACAGGGGCCUGCAGGGCAUGUGUGUAGGGGAGAGGAGGCAGCUCAUCGUGCCCCCCCACCUGGCCCAUGGGGAGAGCGGAGCCCGGGGUGUCCCUGGCAGUGCUGUGCUGCUAUUUGAAGUGGAGCUGGUAUCCCGAGAGGAUGGUCUGCCCACAGGCUACCUGUUUGUGUGGCACCAGGAUCCUCCUGCGAACCUUUUUGAAGACAUGGAUCUCAAUAAAGAUGGAGAGGUGCCCCCAGAAGAGUUCUCCUCCUUCAUCAAGGCUCAAGUGAAUGAAGGCAAAGGUCGCCUCAUGCCCGGGGAAGACCCUGACAAAACCAUAAGAGAUAUGUUUCAGAACCAGGAUCGAAACCAGGAUGGCAAGAUCACAGCUGAGGAACUUAAGUUGAAGACAGAUGAGGACCAGGAGGCUCGGGUCCACGAAGAGCUCUGAGGCCAAGUCUCAGGUCUGACCUCAGACACAGAGGCCAACAGCCCCCUCCAC